UAGAAGUCCGCUGCUUUGCCCAUAGAAACCUAAUAAGUCCCAUGAAGUCAGUCUUUUCUUUCAGCUUGCAUAAUUUUGGAUCGUCCUAAAAGCAAAACACUGACUACUUGGAAUUUCUGUUCCAAAGGUCCCUUCUUCACUACGGCAAAUGGAAAAUAAAUCCAUAUUCAUCCAGGCAUGUAAGACAACCCCAUCUUGUGGCAGAGCCAUGUAAAACCAAAUGUGGUUGGUUUGAAUAAAUUACCUGAUAUACCUGCAUGACCGAUUUUGACAGGUACAAAAGAGAAAGCUUGGAAUUCGCAUGGCAAAAGAAGGGCUUAUGUGAAUCUAUACUUGGAAAGAACGAUUGCUCACUUUGACUCUUGAAAUGUCUCGUCAACCCACCCGAACAAGAACAUCCUCCAAGAGUGGAACUAGAGGGGAUGAAAAGUCCAAGAAGCCAAGUGGACCCGCGAAUAAAGCAAGAGUUGAGAAAGACGACAAACGAUCCAAAGUGAAACCAGCCGACCAGGAAAAAACAUCGAAAGAGAAAAGCCGAGAUAUCAAGACAAGGUCUUCCACCAAAAACAAAGAAGAACGACCUUCAAGGACCUCCAAAGCCCCAACCGGUCGAUCAAAUGCGAAGGAUGACAAAGAUGCAAGCGGUCGCUCGAAGAUUCGAGACAGCAAAGACUCAAAAAGCCGCUCAAGGUAUCGAGAUGAGAAAGAUUCCGACAGAAAGGGGAGGGAAACCACGAGUCAUAAAAAAGAUGUCAGACCUGAGAGCAAAUUAAGCAAAGAAUCAAGUCGCAAGGCCAAAACUGACCCAUCUUCGAAGUCUAGUAGUGACGUUCCUCGUUCCUCGUCCGGAACUUCGGCCAGGAAACAAAGGCUCUCUUCACCCCCACGUCAUAAUCAUGACCAUGUGGAGGAGCCAUUGGCAAAUUCGGGGCGAAAACAGUGGGACAAAGAUCACAUUGCCACUGACUUGGCCCAAGAGUCCGAGUUGCCAAAUCCUCAAGAGGCUGCUGACGAAGAGGAACCGGACUAUGAUGACGAUUUUGAGGAUUAUGAUGAAGACUUUGAGGACGAGGUUGAAGAGGAAGACGAGGAAGAAGAAGAGGACGAGGAUGUGGAAGAAGAGGAACAUAACGACGACGAUGGUGGAGAAGAAGACAAAAAGAUGGACUCUGGAACGUACGACACGACGAGGACAGCCUCUUCUUACUCGAAUAGGAGGGAAACAAUGGAAAUGGAACAAGUCAAGGCUGCUAUGAUACGGGAAAAUUCGGCUCGACAUCCAAGAGGGCAAGCCCAGGUCAUUGAAGAGUCGGAUGAUUCAGGCAAGGGAUCGCCGGGAGUGGAAGAACAAUCUCCCAAGAAAGAAGCUCGGGUUUCAUCUGGAAGAACGCUUAUCAAUUUCAAUGUGGCCAAGAAAAAACAAGAUACCCAGAAAGCGGCAGGAAAGACCAAAAAGAGGGGUGACAACCUCAAAGGGAUGAUUAGUUUGAAUGUGGUCCGAUUUGAUCUGUUGGAUCUGCCACCCAUUCGUUACGAGGCCUUUAUGAAGUCCUUUGGAACUUCUAACGCAAGACAAGAGACCAGCCAAACUGGAGACGAUGAUUUAGAACAAGAAACUCAGACCGAGGUGAUUGAGACGAACGAGAAGUGGACUCAAAAACCGAUAGCCAUGACCUCCAUUGGCGACUUGGAUGACCAAGAGCUUCUUCUUCAAAAUAUGAAAGGAGUGGGUGGGCCUUCAAAAGAAACGAAGGACUCCCAAGGGUUCGUGAGUUUUAACGCUCAUUCUCAUUCCCUCAGAUUGGCUCAGUUCCUUGAAGGAGCUAGUCAAGUGAUGCUUACACUCAUGGAAGAGCAAGAGGAGCAAGUCCGCGGAUUGGAUCUUGAAGGUAUUGAGCAAAAGUCCGUGGAUUUCGCCGACAAGGUUACAAUACUCAACACUGACAUGGCCUUCCUCCUGGAUCGACCAGUGACCAGUCUGGCCUUUGCCCCAGAUCAAUCAGCCAUUUUACUCACCGCUCAUGGCAAUUUAGACGUGGAUGGGGAACAAGGAGCAACAACGUUAGCUAACUUUAGUGCGAACACCUAUCUUUGCAUCUGGAAUGUCAGCCAACCUUCAGCACCAAGCAAGGUGCUCAUGACCCACAAUGUGGUAACUAGUUGCUGUUUCUCUCCACACAAAGCAUCGAUAGCUUUUGCGGGUCUAGUCGAUGGCACAGUGGUUGGCUGGGAUCUAAGAGAAUCCCUGAACAUACACCAGGAGGUGAAACGCGAAGUCAUCGACAAUGCGGACUUCAUUUUCCGAUCCCCCACCUUCAGCACAAAUGCUGGACCGGAUGAGCACAACUCUACCAUCAAGUCAGUAACUCCAUUGCCGGAGAUGAAGAGAGAGCAAUCUGCAGAGGGAUACAAUGACUUUGGAGGGGCUUUCCAACUCAUCUCCGUAGAGGAACAAGGCUGUGCCAUCAUCUGGACCGUCCUUGACAACCAGCACGAUUUCGAUCAGCAUGUCGGGCAAGCUCAUUGGGGAACCAUUCGCUUGGUCCAAUCUCAGCGAAUCGAAUUAGACAGCAAUCUGUAUGGAAUCACAGUCAAUCCCCACGAUGGGAGUCAAUUGCUCUUGGGGAUGGAAGGUGGAGCGAUCCACCAUGCCUCCACCAAGUCCAACCAUAAACCCAAUCCUCGACAAUUCCUCCCAGAGUUCGAAGCCCAAUCCAACCCCCAGUCAAUCGCAUUUUGCCCUUUCGGACACGGGUUUUUCCUUGUUGGGUCUGAUGAUGGCACAGUCAGACUCCAUGCCACCACCAACAUGAAGCCACUUAUCACUUGGCCUGGAACUGUGGACGGUGAACCUGUCGUGGACCUGAUCUGGUCCCAAUCGCGCCCCUGUGUCUUUGUGCUCUUGGAUAAUUUGUCCCGGGUUCAUUUGUGGGAUCUGGGUGCCGGAGACAUCUAUCCGGCUCACACCGUACAUUUUGAGGAUGGCAUUGAAGCUAUGGCGAUCAAUCCGGACCUUAAAGAUUCUCGCCAGAAACAACUUUUGGCGCUCGGUAUGGAGAAUGGAAAAGUGGAGGUACAUCAUCUCAAAGGAGAAUACAAGGCAGACGAUUCUGAGAGUUGUCAGAAGGAACUCAGCCGGUUUUUGCACUACGUUUCGAUUAUAUAGACAUGUUUUGAAAGCCCGCACCUGUGAUACAUCUAGAGAUUGGCGAUCUAUUUUCACCAAAAAAAAUAAAUUGCACAGGGCAACAACAACUCAUAUUAUGGCCGGUAGAAAAGGAUGAAUAAAUUAUGCCUAAUAUUUCA